AUGUCUCACGAAUCAGUUUGGAUGUCCAGACCCCGUACUUACGGAAAGGGAUCCCGCGAAUGUCGCGUUUGCACCCACAAGGCCGGUUUGAUCCGCAAGUACGGUCUUAACAUCUGCAGACAAUGCUUCAGAGAGAAGGCAGCCGAUAUUGGAUUCGUCAAGCACCGUUAAAUUCACCACACCUUGAAAAUUAACUCAUCGAAAACGGAACGAUACGACCACGAUGGGUUUGUGGAGAGAAUCAAAUUAACAUGGCAUGGAGUUCUGGGCUUUUGCAGGAAAAGGGAUACGAAAGAGGACAUUUAUGGUCAGACUUUAGAGGGCAUUUUCAAAUGAAGGGAUGAACGCUUAUGGACACUCGUGUGCUGAGGCGGCUCUGCGAUGGAUUGUUCUCAAGGUUAUGACACCUUUUCAACUGCAUCGAUCUGGAAUGGAGAUGGUUCUUUUUCCUAGGGUCAUCUGAGCUUGUGUUCAUUUGGCUUCGGCUAGGAAGUAGCUUUCUCGGAAUAUAUCAGGUCGUUUUCCUUGAGAUAUUAUGGAUUACUCGGAUUGUGCUUUCUGAACUGAGUGAAUGAUUAUAUCAUAAACAUUGGAGAUUCUAGGUAGGGUGGAAGGUCAAGUGGCCUUUCAUUGGCCCCAAUU